AAACAUUUUUAAAGGAUAAGAUGAAGGUAAUAAUAUUUGCUGUGUUGCUACCUAUAUACGUAUCAUGUUUACAUGAGAAAAACGCAUCAGUUAUUUGGGAUGAAGGAGCAAGAAAAUUUUUUAUUAAAGAUUUUAUCAUCAAUAAUUCAGUAGCUUGGGCAAAUUUUAAGGAUGGAAUAUUUACGACAGGAUGGUCGUAUUUGGAAGUUCACACCAAUCCACUGUAUUCGGAUUCUUUCCAAGCUUAUGCCGCAGGUUUGGUCGAAGGAUAUUUAACAACUGAUCUCAUUUCUAAACACUGGAACAAUUUGUAUCUAAACUAUUGCAAAAACGAAAAAGAAUACUGCGAUAAACUUAAGACUUUCUUACAAAUAAACAUGGAUUUCAUGAAUAAAAAUAUUGAAAGAAACAGAACAAAUUUCUAUUGGAAUCAUGUUGCAUUAAUACUGGAGCAAGUGAAAGGUUUACAGGACGGAUAUAAACGAACUCCAUCUUUGCCUGAUACAAGACCUAAUGUUAUGGGAGUUAUGUUCUUUAAUCUUUUUGGCGAUCUACUAGAUUUGGAAGUUGUAUUUAAUAGAACUACCCGGAAUAUUUUUGAAAAUAGCCACUGUUCUGCUUUAAUUAAAUUCGUGUCUGGAUAUAAAGAUCUGUAUGUUGCUCAAGAUACCUGGGAUAAUUAUUCAUCAAUGUUGCGUAUUCUUAAAAAAUAUGUGAUGCCUCUCAGACAUUACUUGACCAAAGGUAAUAAAAUAAUACCUGGGCACACGACGACUUUCUCUUCUUAUCCAGGAUGUAUAUUUUCCGGAGAUGACUUUUAUGUUAUAUCCUCUGGAUUGGUAGCAUUAGAAACUUCAAUCACAAAUACAAAUACCAGUUCAUUUCAAUAUAUAAAACCAGAUCGCGUGGUGUUAGAAUGGAUUCGUAACCUUCUAGCUAACAGACUGGCUACCGGAGGAAGAAACUGGGCUGCCAUUUUCAGUUUAUUUAACAGUGGAACAUAUAAUAAUCAAUGGAUGAUUGUGGAUUAUAAAAAAUUUGUUCCGAAUGCUAAACCACAAAACGAACUGUUAUGGAUUUUGGAGCAAAUGCCAAAUUAUAUUGAGAGCAAAGACCAAACAAAUACUCUAAUUCGACACGGAUUUUGGCCUUCUUAUAAUAUUCCUUGACGAACUAUUCGAUGCAAAAGAAUUAUC